AUGGCCUCGAUGGCGUCUCUGUUGAUCCGUAUCUCGGCGCUCCUCAUCGCCUUCCUCGCCGUCUGCUGCCCGGCGUCGCUCGCGGCACCGCCGCUGGGGAAGCGGUACAGGGUCGGCGGCCCCGAAGGGUGGCGCGUGCCGCCGCCGGUGGACAAGGAGAUGUUCUACGUCAAGUGGGCGUCACCCAUCACCUUCUUCGUCGAGGACUCCAUCGAGUUCGUGUACAAGAACGACACGGUGAUCAAGGUGAGCAAGGCGGGGUACUACCACUGCAACGAGACGGUAGGGGUCGGCACGGGCCCCGUGCCCAAGGACGGCAGCACGCUCUUCCUCCUCGACGCGCCGGGCUUCGCCUACUUCGCCAGCGCCGACCUCGGACACUGCGCCGACGGCCAGAGGCUCAUGAUCAACGUCCUCGCCGCCGAGCCGCCCGCGCCGGCAUCGUCGUUGGCCCCAGCGCAAGCUCCGACAGUGGCGCCAUCGCCUCCGCAGCCAUCGGCGUCCUUGUUCCCUCCGGGGCCUGGCCCGGCGCCGUCCAUGGAGUACUCGUCCGCCGCGGGGGUCUCGUUCCUGCCGUCGUUCGCUUGCGCCGUUCUAUCAGCUGCAGUGAUGGUGCUAGCCGGUUUUGUUUGA